AUAGGCCGCUCUGAGCCCCGCCCCUCCCGGGAUUCCGGGAGCUGUCCGGCCACCUCGGUGCUGAUCCCGCCGCCGCCGCCCACGGGCCGCGAGCAGCGCUGAGAGGGCACUAUGAGCGGGGGCGUCUAUGGCGGAGAUGAGGUGGGGGCGCUGGUCUUUGACAUUGGCUCCUUCUCAGUCCGCGCUGGGUAUGCUGGGGAGGACUGCCCCAAGGCUGACUUCCCCACCACUGUGGGGCUGCUGGCCGCAGAGGAGGGGGGUGGGCUGGAGUUGGAGGGGGAGAAAGAGAAGAAAGGGAAGAUCUUUCACAUUGAUACCAACGCCCUCCACGUGCCUCGGGAUGGAGCAGAAGUUAUGUCCCCCCUCAAGAAUGGCAUGAUCGAGGACUGGGAGUGCUUCCGUGCGAUCCUGGAUCACACCUACAGCAAACACGUCAAGUCCGAGCCAAACCUGCACCCAGUGCUCAUGUCUGAGGCCCCGUGGAACACACGGGCCAAGCGGGAGAAGCUGACAGAGCUGAUGUUCGAGCAGUACAACAUUCCUGCCUUCUUCUUAUGCAAGACAGCUGUGCUUACCGCCUUUGCAAAUGGACGCUCCACAGGUCUGGUGCUGGACAGUGGGGCCACCCACACCACGGCCAUUCCAGUGCAUGAUGGCUACGUCCUGCAGCAAGGCAUUGUCAAGUCACCCCUGGCAGGGGACUUCAUCUCCAUGCAGUGCCGAGAGCUCUUCCAGGAAAUGGCCAUUGACAUCAUCCCACCUUACAUGAUCGCAGCCAAGGAGCCCGUUCGGGAGGGUGCCCCCCCCAACUGGAAGAAGAAAGAGAAGUUACCCCAGGUUUCCAAGUCCUGGCAUAACUACAUGUGCAAUGAGGUGAUCCAGGACUUCCAGGCCUCCGUGCUGCAGGUCUCAGACUCUCCCUACGAUGAGCAGGUGGCUGCGCAGAUGCCCACAGUGCACUACGAGAUGCCCAACGGCUACAACACCGACUAUGGUGCCGAGCGACUGCGCAUCCCUGAGGGCCUGUUCGAUCCCUCCAAUGUCAAGGGCCUGUCGGGGAACACCAUGUUAGGUGUGGGCCACGUGGUGACCACCAGCAUCGGCAUGUGUGACAUUGACAUUCGCCCGGGCCUGUAUGGCAGUGUCAUUGUCACUGGAGGGAACACACUGCUCCAGGGCUUCACUGACAGGCUCAAUCGAGAACUUUCCCAGAAGACUCCACCGAGCAUGAGACUGAAGCUCAUCGCCAGCAACAGCACCAUGGAGCGCAAGUUCAGCCCCUGGAUUGGUGGCUCCAUCCUGGCCUCACUGGGCACUUUCCAGCAAAUGUGGAUCUCCAAGCAGGAAUAUGAGGAGGGCGGGAAGCAGUGCGUGGAGCGGAAGUGCCCCUGAGGGCGCCCCCUCCUCACCCACAGGCCUGCCUGCAGCAGUGGGGGAGGGGACGCGAGAGG